AUGUUGGCCUCAACUAUCGCUCGCAGAACUGCCACAACCCUUCGUGCGCCUGCUUUCAGGUCCAUCUCCGCCUGGGCCAACGUUCCUGCAGGCCCUCCUGACCCCAUCCUUGGCAUUACCGAAGCCUUCAAAGCUGAUAAAGACCCUCGCAAAAUCAACCUCGGUGUUGGCGCAUAUCGAGACGAGCACGGCAAGCCCUACAUCCUCCAGACUGUUAAGAAGGCAGAAGAAAUCGUUGCUUCCCAAAACCCUGACAAGGAGUAUCUCGGUAUUACUGGUCUCCCAGAAUUCACCGCCAGGGCCACCCUUCUUGCCUAUGGCGCUGAGAGCACCCCUCUCCAACAAGGAACCAUCUCAUCCACCCAGUCCAUCUCUGGCACUGGCGCUCUUCGCAUUGGCGGUGCCUUCCUAGCCCGUCACUACCCCCAUUCCAAAGUUAUCUACCUCCCAACCCCUACCUGGGGCAACCAUAUCCCCUUGUUCCGUGAUUCAGGCCUCGAAGUGCGCGGAUAUCGUUACUUCGACAAGACUAACGUCAGCCUUGAUUUCGAAGGUCUCAAGGCCGAUCUUUUGGCCGCUCCUGACCAUGCCAUCGUCCUUCUCCACGCUUGCGCUCACAACCCCACCGGCAUCGACCCUACCCCCGAACAAUGGGCCGUCAUCUCCGACAUUGUCAAGGAGAAGAAGCUGUUCCCCUUUUUCGAUAUGGCCUACCAAGGAUUCGCCUCUGGUAACACCGCUCGCGAUGCCUUCGCCUUGCGCCACUUUGUGGCCCAAGGCCACCAGGUCGCCGUCGCCCAAUCCUUCGCCAAGAACAUGGGUCUCUACGGCGAGCGAACCGGCAACUUCUCCCUGACCGUCGCGGACCCUGAGGAGAAGGCUCGUGUCGAUUCCCAACUCAAGAUCAUCAUUCGCCCCAUGUACUCUAACCCUCCUGCCCACGGUGCCCGCAUCGCCAACGCAAUCCUUGGCGACCCUACUUUGUACGCCCAGUGGGAAGCUGAAGUUAAAGGGAUGGCCGACCGCAUCAUUAGCAUGCGAGAGAAGGUCUACAACUUGCUCACUCACGAUUUGAAGACCCCCGGCGAGUGGGGCCACAUCAAGAGCCAGAUCGGAAUGUUCAGCUACACUGGUCUCCAACCCGCCCAAACCAAGGCCCUUGCGGAGAAGGCUCAUGUCUACAUGACUGCUGACGGUCGAAUCUCUAUGGCUGGCUUGAACGGUGGCAACGUCGAGUACUUUGCCCAGAGUGUUGAUGCCGCCGUUAGAGGCAACUUGUAG